AUGGAAAGAAUUGAAAUUUAAGAGGUCCAGCAUUUCAAAGGAUUUCAUAUAAACGAUAAAUCUUAUAUACUGAACAAAAAUUUAUUCUUAACAUGCGCAAAAGGUUGUGGAUUUCUUGUUUCAUUAAAAGAUUUUACCAUCAUUAGAAGGUUAAAAGAAAUUAAAAGAUAAAAUGUUUCAGGAUUUCAUGUGAAAGGUAACCUUUUAAUUCUUUUUUGCGGCCAUAAGGAGUAACUUAUCUAUGAAAUAACAGAAAAUGAUAUAUUCUACUUAAGGAGCUUGUAUAUCAACAGCUAUUACCUUCGAUCUUUUGACACUUUCAAGUAAAUUGGAGAUCCUCUUACAUUGGCUGAUCCAUCAGAUCCUUAUACUUCAAUUCAUCAGUUAAAAGUUGGAGUAGAUGAUGAUUAAAAUCAUAUUGCCAUUCAUGACACGUACUAGAUGGAUUCUAAAUACUUUUAGUUUUAACUCAUUCCUCUAAAUAAGAAAUACUUAUACUUAGAUUUCAAGCUAGACCCUUUAACUCAAUAAAUGAAGUAUUUUUUAUGCAGGGUAAAGUUUCAUAAGAAAAAUAUGAAAGUGACAUACAAAGUUAUUAGAAAGAUCGAUUAAGAUUUCUAUAUCCUAAACGCUAAAAUUUAGAGUAGAAAGAUUCUAAUAGGAUAAACUAAGCAGAAAUCUAAUAUUACUGCUGGUGGACUAGUUAUGAUUGAUUUAGAAAAACAGAGAGUAAUUCAACAAACAUUUUAGCUAUCUAUUACUGGAAGCGAUAAUUGCUUUACAAGACCAAUAAAUUAAUACCUGCAAUUUGGAAGUUUUUAGGAACAAAUUUUUAUAACAAAUCUAAAAAAUAUGGAAGUUCACUAAGGUCAGAUGAAAUUUGAUGGCCAUCUAAUCUAACUUCUUAGUGAUAAAGGGUAUGUUUAUUUAGAUAAGAAAUCUAUCAAGUACAGGCAAGGGGAUUCAACUUUCAAUUUAGCUUUUGAAAUAUUAUAAUAUCGCUACUCAAACUAGAAAAUUUCUAAGUUUUCUUUCGAAAUAGACUGCUGA